AUGCAGAACGAGUUUGUUUCUUUAACACUAUGGAUUACCGUCUCAUGUUUGUUUGCUGCGCCGACGCGGCCUCUCCUCUACUUCCGCCGCGCCCGCCUCAUCGACUCCCUCCCUCGCCUCCGCCUCCGCCUCCGCUCCUCGUCCUCCUCCCCCACUGAAAAUCCCUCCUCCCUCCUCCUCGACCCCUUCGUCGCCCUCCACGCCUCGCUCGCGCCCUCCGCCGCCUCGCCCGCCUCUUCCGCUCCCUCCCCCUUUCCCUUCGCCCCAUCUCCUCCGCGCCUCGCCUCCCGCCUCGCCCUCUCCCGCCUCCUCCCCGACCUCCUUCCUCCCUCCUCCCUCCUUCCCCCCCCCUCCCCGCUCGACCUCCUCCGCUGGUCUCCGCCGCCUCCGACGCCCCUCCGCCCUUCCGCCUUCUCCUCCUUCCCCCGCCGCCCCCCGCCGAGGCCUUCAACCUCCUCAUCUCCCUCCACGCCCUUCCUCCUCCCACGACCCCUCGCGCCGUCGUCCGCGCCCUCUCGACAUGAUCCGCUCGCGCCCUCCCCAACUCCCGCCCACCUACACCGUCCUCAUCGGACCACCUCCUCCGCUCCCGCACCUCGACGCCGCGUCCCAGAUCUUCUACCUGCUGCCUCCAUGAGGCCCGCCGGAGUCCAAGCAGUACGACGUCCUCGCCGCGGCCCUUGCCGAGGCCGGCCGGUUCGACGAUCUCCGCGCCCUGAUCAGGGAAUUCCGCUGUGA